GGACAGCCACUUGGACAAGGCUUCUCGCCAGACCCGGAGUGACCAUGACGUGCUGUGAGGGGUGGACAUCCUGCAAUGGGAUCUGCCUGCUGAUCCUGCUGCUGAUUGGAGUAGUGCUCAAUGCCAUUCCUCUGGGUAUCGACUUAGUCGAGCAAGACAAAGGUUUUCAAAACCCCAUCUCCUGCUAUGAGUGGUUGUUCCCAGGAAUUAUAGGAGCAGGUUUGAUGGUCAUUCCAGCAACAACGAUGUCCUUGGCGGCAAGAAAAAGAGGCUGUGUGCAAACAACAAGCACGGACGUGAGUACUGAGCUUUGGAAGCUGAGGUGCAUUACAGCUGUUGACAUCCAAGCAAAACCGAGGGGGUGUCAUCAUGCAUGCAAAUGGCUCUGCUUUAUUUUCCAGAUGUUUCUUUCAUCACUUUUAAAUGUGAUCACAGUCCUUGGUGCUGUGUAUUGCAUGCUGGUAUCCCUCAAGGCGCUCUCGGAAGGCCCUCUCAUUUGUGACUCUCCAGGCAACAGCACCGCCACUUGUGAAUUUUCAUUAAAGAACUUAACUGACUUUCACCCAGAAUCCUUCAAUCUGCAGUGGUUCUUCAAUGAUUCUUGUGUACCUCCUACCAGUUCCCCAAACUCUGCCAUCAACAAGAUGGGCAGUCACUGGAGAAUACCUAACUCCGAUUCUGAAGCAGACAGACAGAGGAUUUUCCACUUUUCAGUAUUUUUAAGUCUAUUUCUUGUUGGAGUCCUUGAACUCCUGUUUUGGGCUCAGCCAGAUAGUCAUUGGUUUUCUUGGCUGUCUGUGUGGGGUCUCUAGCCAAAGAAGCCGAGUUGUGUAGUUUAAUGGUAAUAAAAUAGAAGCAUCAGUACUUGGAAUAACUUGAGAAUUACAUUUAAAAUACAUGCCUUUAGAAGUUCAAAAUGGAAUAUUAUCUAGAAAGCUGUGUAAGGUCACUUUAUGUAAAAAACAUUUUCAAAGUCAUCUUUGAGGUGAUUAAAAAACCCAACCUUUCACAUAAAAAGCAUGUUGUAAAUGCAUCAACACCUUCUUAUGAAAAGACAAAAAUCAUUGUUGGUUGACUUCUAGGGAGAAGUGGAGAGAAGCUUACAAUUGUUUUGUAUUUUUCUGUUCUUCUGUGUUAUUCCCAUUCUCUAGUUAUAUAGUCUUGUGUGUGUGGAGAGGGAGGAACAGUUUUGGUGGGAGGAUGGGACAGGACGGAAGUGAUUCUGGAGGUGAAAGUAGUAUGGUGGUCUAUUUAUUGUAUUUUUUAUACUUAAAAGAAAACAAAGAAUAUGUAUGUACAUAAAAAUGUAAGCUACAUGCAAUCAAUUUUUUUAAAAUCGAAUUCCCAAAUUGCAGGGAACAGUGAACAGAGAAUAGCCCUGUUCAAGAAAAAAAUCAGUCUUUCUUUAAAGAUGGGACAACUAAACAGUGUAUUUACCACAUUAAAAUUAUUAAAGAGACAAAGCUAAAAGUACAAUUUUCUGAAUGCUAUCACUCCUCCAUUUUAUUCAAUUUUUCUGUUCAUUGGGCUUCAGUUUUCUAGAAAUAACUUACAAUAUCUAUUAUAGCUGUCCAAAAUAAAUUAGUAACAU